GAUAACAGAGAUCUAUUUCGUCUCACCCUGUAUUCCACAGAGGGGAUAGUUAAGCUGUCUUAUUUGUCAAUCACCUUCAAUAUUUUAUUUCCACAACUGAUUUUUGGAUCACACCAAAGGAAAACAUGUUUCUGACAGAGAGAAAUAUGACAUCUGAGGCCACAUUCACCCUCUUGGGCUUCUCAGAUUACCUGGAACUGCAAAUUCCCCUCUUCUUUGUAUUUCUGGCAGUCUAUGGCUUCAGUGUGGUAGGGAAUCUUGGGAUGAUAGUGAUCAUCAAAAUUAACCCAAAAUUGCACACCCCCAUGUAUUUUUUCCUCAGCCACCUCUCCUUUGUGGAUUUCUGCUAUUCCUCCAUCAUUGCUCCCAAGAUGUUGGUGAACCUGGUUGUAGAAGAUAGAACCAUUUCAUUCUCAGGGUGUAUGGUGCAAUUCUUUCUCUUUUGCACCUUUGUAGGGACUGAAUUAAUUCUGUUUGCCGUGAUGGCCUAUGAUCGCUUUGUGGCCAUUUGCAACCCUCUGCUCUACAGAGUUGCCAUGUCCCAGAAAGUCUGUGCCAUGCUGGUGGUUGGAUCGUAUGCAUGGGGAGUAGCAUGUUCCUUGACACUCACAUGCUCUGCUUUAAAGUUAUCUUUUCGUGGUUUCAACACAAUCAAUCACUUCUUCUGUGAGUUAUCCUCUCUGAUAUCACUCUCUUGCUCUGACUCUUAUCUCAGCCAGUUGCUUCUUUUCACUGUUGCCACUUUAAAUGAGAUAAGCACACUACUCAUCAUUCUGACAUCUUAUGUAUUCAUCGUUACCACCACCUUGAAGAUGCCUUCAGCCAGUGGGCACCGCAAAGUCUUCUCCACCUGUGCCUCCCACCUGACUGCCAUCACCAUCUUCCAUGGCACCAUCCUCUUCCUCUACUGUGUGCCCAACUCCAAAAACUCCAGGCACACAGUCAAAGUGGCCUCUGUGUUUUACACAGUGGUGAUCCCCAUGUUGAAUCCCCUGAUCUACAGUCUGAGAAAUAAAGAUGUCAAGGAUACAAUCAGAAAAAUAAUAAACACAAAAUAUUUUCUUAUUAAACAUACACCUUAGUAUCCAUUUAAUUUGGUUACUGAACAACAACUUUUUUCUUUUUUUUUUAUGAAUGGACUUUGCAUGAAGAGUUCACUAAAAAAAUAACUUUAGAUUAAAAACAAACUUUUUCUCAAUAGAAUGACUAUGAGAUUUGGAUCAGGAAGGCUAUUAUUGGCUCAGCUUGUAUAAGCCAGACAAGACAGAUUGACCUUGACUACAAAAUAAUAAUUGUCUUUGCCUACAAAAUAUUUUGUCUACAAAAUAAUAUAAUAUUAUUUAUUUGUUUAUUUAUUUUCAGAUGGAGUCUUGCUUUCUCACCCAGGCUGGC